AUGGCAGGAUCAACUAAACGAUCAAGACAAGAUGAUAAUGAUACCCCAACUCCAUCAACGUUCACUCCUUCUUCCUCUUCGAUGAUACCGGAAAAUACCACACCAACACCGACAUCUACACCACCUGUAACGCGUAACAAUUCUUCUUUCCUUCCUUCUCGAAGACAAGCCACCAUCACCACUACCUCCACUAAUGAUACUACACCUGGUUCAUCCAGUAUCGCCCGACCACACCUCACACGAUCAUCCGCUACUCAGCAACCUCCUCCUCGCAACAACGCAUUGAGUCGAUCAAAUUCUCUCUUCAACAUCACUACCCGUCGUUCCGGCACUUCUUCCUCUGCAUCUUCCUCUUCUUCCACAUUUGCUGUACCUACCUCUUCAGGGUCUUCAGGGAGAGUGGGUAUGCUCACGCGUACUCAAUCAACUCCAUCCAUCGUCUCUCCCAGCCAACUCAAAGCUACCACUUCAGCUGCAGGUGGUAGUGGUGGUACAACAGGAAAAGGCGGACCAGAAGAUUUAGGGCUAGGUGGCGGUCCGUCAAGAAGGUUCGGUAAAGGGAAAGAAAAUAUUCCGCCUAAGAAAGAUGACGAAAAUGAGAAUAGCCAAGACGGUUCAUCUAGGAAAAGACCUAGAGUUUCUAGUAGGGGAAGUAUGUCAGGUAGAUCCACAGGCAGAGGAAGAAGCGGGAGUGUAGUCAGUGUGAGAAGCGAAACUAGUGGUCGUCACUCUUCACUAGCACCUACCUCAUCUACAUCCUCGAUCUGUUCGUGGUCUGCCCGUCUACCUUCUCCCGCGCCAUCCCAAGCAUCUUCCGCAGCUCAAUCUCUUGAUUCUGCCACUUCCGCCGAUCCCCUCGAUCUUAUCAAGGACGAAGAGGACGAUUUCGAUCUUGGUAGAACACCCACAAAAGCUCGUCCUGUCACUCGAUCUACCAUUCUCCCGCCAACGCCGCCACCUUCAUCACCUUCGCUUCGCAAUGAGGAAAUCAAAACUACUGCCGAACGCGUUGGCCUCAUGCGCGUUUACAGUGAUAAGACUGAAGUCGACGUCGAAAUGACGGAUGGUGAAAAGGAGGACAGGAAAUUGAAUCCGUACAAACAACUCAAAAGCUUCCUUCGACUCUCUGCUUCUUCACCUAUAACCGGUACAGCUUCUGUAGAUCAGACUAUUGUAGGAAGAGAAGAGGAAAAGAAAGCUUUAAGAUCAUACCUUACCAACGUCACUGACGUUGAUGUCGGAAUGUAUGUCUCCGGUCCUCCUGGUACCGGUAAGACUGCGUUGGUUACUGCUCUCGGUAGAGAGCUCACAGAAGCAGGCUGGAAGGUUAUUGAGUUGGGAUGUAUGGGAUUGAAAAUGGCGGAUAUCUGGAGAAGGCUUGGUGAGGAAUUAAACUGUGGAAAAGCAGAAAAGGACGUAAAGGAAUACAUGAACAGGGACGGGGCUAGAGUUUUCAUCAUUCUUGACGAAAUUGAUUCUCUUAUGCCACCACCACCAUCCAUUGCGCCUCCAGCUACUUCUCACCUUCUCACUAAGCUUUUCUCGUUACCACUCAUCUCAAACACCAUCAAGCUUGUGGCUAUCUCCAAUACUCUCGACCUGACUCUCCGAGCCCGAUUGGUCCUUCCCGACAGCGCCCAACCUUCCAUCCUUCCUUUCAAGGCAUACGGUGCUGCUGAAAUGGGUCCGAUUGUCAAUGCACGUAUCACCGCUGCCAAGGUGGAAGGGAUCAAAGUUGAUCCUACUGCUACCAUGCUUCUCGCCAAGAAAGUUGAAGCUCAAAAUGGUGAUUUAAGAAUGUGUUUAGGCGUUCUAUCAUCUGCUGUCACCUUGGCAGAAGCUGAGUGGAUCAAGAAAACCAAUGCUGCAGCUAUUUCUGAACCUGAAAAAGUAGUUCCAAUAACUAAGGUAGCGGUUACGCAUAUCCUCAAAGCGUUAACCUCAUACACCCAACAAUUGAAAGCUUCGGCUGGAUCGUCUUCCAGUGGAUCGUCUUCUGCUACAGGAAAGAAAAUCCGUUCAGUUCAACUACAAGGUAAAAUGGUUCUGGUAUCUAUCUUGAUAUACUUGACAAGAUCCAGAAUGGGAUUAAACGGUUGUCCAUCUAUCGGAUCUGGUCAAAUCACUCCACCUUUGACACCAUCAAAAUCUUCUUCUUCAUCGUCAUCUUCUAUCUCUUCCUCAACAUCAAACGAAUUGAAUCUGAACACUCAGAAUUUAUAUGCUACAUAUUCUUAUUUGUUACUACACCACUCAUCACCUUUCCCGCCUGCCCCAGAAUCCGAUUACAGAGACCUACUCUCUAACCUUGAAACACUAGGUUUGAUCUCUUUGAUCAAUGGUAACGGUUCAAACGGUAUGACGAGAUCAUCUUCCGGAUCGAGUAGGACGAAAUCAUCAAUGAUUGGCGGUGGAGGUGGAAAAAUUGAACUGUGCGUAAGGGAAGAUGAAGUUAAAGAAGGUUUGGGUUUACUGUACGGUCAACAGAAAGGUAUAGCUGAGGAAGAAGUCAAAAAGAUUUGGGAAAGAGAAGAAUCGAAAAUUCAAAGGAUUAAAGAAAAAUCAAAGAUCAUCUUGGCAGAUGGAACUGCCGAUAUGGACUGA